AUUUAUAAGGAUUGUUCUGAAGCGUUUGAUGACGGACACAAGAAGAAUGGUGUUUAUUUUGUUAGGCCAAGUUAUGCACCGUGUGCUAUUCCAGUAUGGUGUGACAUGCAGACUGCACCUGGUGGGUGGUUACUCGUACAAAAACGAUACAAUGGUGAUUUAGAUUUCAACAGAGACUGGCAGGAUUAUAAGAAAGGGUUUGGUGACAUUUCGGCCGAGUUUUGGUUAGGAAAUGAUAACCUGUUUCUAUUGUCCAAUCAAGACCAUUAUGAAUUAAGAAUAGAUCUAUGGGAUUUUACUGGAAACAGAGUGUACGCUUCGUAUAAAACAUUUAAAAUCGACGGCGAACGAGAUAACUAUAAACUACAUAUUCAUGGAUUUAGUGGGAGUGCUAAAGAUAGUUUAUUUAAACACAAUAGAAUGUCAUUCAGUACUCCCGAUCGGGAUAAUGAUGAGCGACGUGAAGCACAUUGUGCUCGUGAAUGGGAAGGUGGUUGGUGGUUCAAUAAUUGUUGGUUUGCGUAUUUAAAUGGACCGUACCACAAUCAUUCAAACAUUCAAUGGCGUGGUAUAGCUUGGAAUCAUUGG